AUGAUGUCCUCGUGCCAUGUAGGUGCUGUGGCCAUUUUUCCUAUAACAGUGGCUUUGCAUGUCUUUCCAGACGCCGAUCCAAUUCUGAAAGACCAAAGGAGCCGCCAACGCAUUUUGGAAACAAGCUGUCGGCAAAGAAACCUUACUAACCCAUCGAAGAGAAUCACUUCCUUCCUCAGCAAUCGCCUUUUCGUGGAGCCGAGGCACAAGUUCAUCUUCUGCGAGGUGCCAAAAGUGGGGUGCUCAAACUGGAAGAGGGUCAUGUUUCUUUUGACGACCAACCUUAGCACAAAAGCAGAACAUAUACAGCACGACGCGAUCCAUCAGACUCGUUUACUGAAGCGAUUAAGCAACUUCCCGCCCGAGCAGCAACAAAUGAUGCUUCGGAACUAUACCAAAGUCAUGUUUACGCGGGAUCCGCUGCAGAGAAUAGUCUCAGCCUACAGGGAUAAAUUUCUCCACUCCGCGGGCUACUACGCCACCAUCGCAAACACGAUCAAGUCGAGGUUCAGGGAAAGCGUCAACUCAGAAGACGCGGUCACUUUUCAGGAGUUUGCUCGGUACGUCCUUGGAGAGAAUCCGAGACGCAUGGAUAUCCACUGGAUGCCGAUGCACUACCUCUGUGACCCGUGCAAUGUUAAUUACACAAUCUUGGGAAAAUUCGAGACCUUGAAGAGGGACGCGGAUUAUGUGCUGAAGACCAUUGGCGCGCCUUCGGACAUCAGUUAUCCCACCAUUAAGAGGUACAACGAGUCGAGAACGGAUGCGUCUGUCAGUGGCGAGUAUUUUGCAAGCCUACCCCCCGGGCUCCUGGAACGUUUAUUCCGACUGUAUAAACUUGACUUUGAGCUAUUCGAUUAUUAGUAGUAGAUAACCGUUUCAAGACAUACGCUCAGAUAUACAGCUUCCAGGAGAUGAGCC